UUUUAUGGAUGAUUAAAAUAAAAUAUUUCAUAAAAAAGCAACACUUGACAGCUAAGGUAAAUGGCAGCACUGCAUUGGAAAGUUGACAUCGAAAAAAAAUAUAUCAAAUGAUCAAAAAAUUCGAGUAAACACAACGCAAUCAUGAUUUAAAGUCCAUCCGCCAGUUUUUACAUCUUUCACAAGAUUCGUAACACCCUCCACGAUAACUAUCGCCAAAAUUCCUGUUAUGCUACACAAUGAGCAACAACCCUGAAGACGUCAGAAAUGCGGUCACACAAACAAACUCGUCCGGGAUUCCUGUCACGCAAAAGGAAUCGUCGAAAUAUUGCUGGGUCUGUUUUGCAACUGACGAAGAGGACACAGAAGCCUCUUGGGUACAACCAUGCAACUGUCGAGGCACUACAAAAUGGGUGCAUCAAGUUUGCCUACAAAGAUGGGUGGAUGAGAAACAAAAAGGAGGAAACAUAGGCAAAGUGGUCUGUCCACAGUGUCAGACGGAAUAUAUAAUAGUGUUCCCUAACAUGGGAAUUUUAGUUCUUGUUCUUGACACUAUAGACUCAUUCAUUUACAAAAGUUGCCCCUUUUUAGCUGCUGGCAUUGUUGUUGGUGCUAUUUACUGGUGUGCUGUCACAUAUGGAGCCAUCACAAUCAUGCAAGUAAUAGGACAGAAGGAAGGUUUGACAAUAAUGGAACAGGCAGAUCCUCUUGUCUUACUUAUUGGACUUCCAGCCAUUCCAGUGGCCCUUGUUUUGGGCAAAAUGAUUCGUUGGGAAGAUGCUGUACUCAAUUUUAUGAGGAAAAAAAUUUCCAAAGUACCCAUUUUAAGAAACAUAAUGCCCUUCAGGUUGGACAUAACUCAUAGUACAGAGUCUGGCACAGAAAGUGAUUUGCCUCCAUUGUCCAAUCCUGUUUCUGCAACCAGAGUAUUGUGUGGUGCUCUCUUGAUGCCCACAAUAGCAAGCAUUGUUGGAAAGUUCUUCUUUGACUCUGUUAAGUCCAAUUUUCACAAGACUGUAUUAGGAGGAUUAGCUUUUAUUACUGUUAAGGGAUGUUUAAGGAUUUAUCACAAACAACAGCAGUAUAUAAGACAGUGUCAGAGGAAGAUUUUAGAUUACACCCAACAAAAUAUUUCUACUUAUUUACAAAAUAGAAGAGACGAAUAAUGUAUGUAAAUAGGAUUGAUCAUAAAGUUGAGUUUCACUUACACAGUUGUAUGAUUUUUAAGACAUAUUUUAGCAAUUUGUACAUUUUUGAACAGAUGAUUUACAUUGUUUGGGAAUUAAUUUGUUAACACGGCGGUCUAAUUACAACCAGCUAUGUUUAUUUUUACAAUAAAAAUUUAUCUGAAGUUA